AUGGAUAUGGAGUCCACUGUGUCGGUUUCGAAGGGCGUGUUUCUCUUUCCAAAUGGAUUCAAAAAGGGUAAGACUAUUAAUAAAAAGAAAAAAGGACAUCUCUUAUUUGAAAAAAUGUUUAAGAAGGACCUAUGGUAUGAAACUUACAAAAGUAACUGGGAAGUCAUUGAAAAUGAACUGUUGGAGUUACAUAAUAAGACCUACAGCCUGCUGCUUAAUGAUGUAGUGAAUCAUAUAAAGCAAUGUGGUAAUGAGAUGUCUACAUUAGAAGGUGUCAUACCCAGCGUCACACUUCUAACUGGAGUAAGUCAGCCAGAUCAUGUUUCCCAGUUCAAGUCACUAGUCACUAUUAUCAGAAAAGAAGUGACACCACAUAUUGCACUAGUAAAUUCACAAGAUGCAGUUACUAUAAAACAUUUAGUUGAAAAUGCUGUUUGGCAACUGAUGCAAGGAAAUGAAAUCAUGGAUACUACAUUCAAUGAGGACAUGGAGGAAACCAAAAGUCCAACAAAAAAAUUAAAAAAAAAUCAAUGCACUAUGAAGAUGCUUAAAAGUUGGUAUCAUAAUAACUACCUGUCAUCAUCACCUACAAAGAAAAAAGCAUUACACUUAAAUAGGCCCCUAGUCAUAAUAAUUCCUGACUUUGAAAGUUUCAACUGCAAUGUAUUACAAGAUUUUGUUAUGAUCGUUAGUUCAUAUGUGUCAACAAUACCAAUAGUAUUAGUGUUUGGUGUGGCGACGUCAGUUUCGGCGCUCCAUAAAUCAUUCCCCUAUAAUGUCUCGUCUAAGCUAUUGAUAAAAGUGUUUCAUUCACAUUCUUCACCAGUGUACAUGAAUCAAGUAUUAGAAGAUAUUUUCUUAACACCAAGUACACCAUUUCAUCUUUCAGGAAAAGCAUUUGAAUUGUUGACUGAUGUUUUUCUUUUCUAUGAUUUUUCCGUCACAGGUCUCAUUCAGAGUAUUAAGUACUGUAUGAUGGAGCAUUUCUAUGGAGACAAUAUAAAAUCGUUGUGUUGCUCCAGGGACAAACUUGAAGAAGCGGUUAUGGAUCUAAGCUCAGACGACCUCGAAAACAUAAGGCAAUUGAUGUCGUUCAGACCAUUUUUAGAACAACAGGAUUGUAGAACUAAAAUCAGUUUGUUCAAAGAUGACAAUUUCUUUCGAGAAGCAUUAUAUAAGAAGCUAAAUAAACUUCAUGAUUACCUGCAUAGUUUUUACAUGUGUGUGAGGUUAUUAAAUAUAAUGGUUAAAGAUUUGCCUAAAAAUAUGGUCGGGAGAUCUGUUCGAGAAAUCUACACAAAAUGUGUCGUUGAAAGUAUCACCGAAACAAUAGCUUUCAAAGAUUGCAUGCAGCUGUUAAAGUUCCAAUCACAAAUGAAAUUGGUAGAAACUAUCAAAAACGGUUUAAAGAUAGUCAAUUCUUACUUGCAAGCUGCAUCACCUGUAAAACCACUAAGGUCAUCACCUACGAAAAACAACUUGAACAGUAUAGUACUCAGUGACGAUCUUGGAGAAAAUUUCGCGAAGACUUUGAGAGUUCAUUUACUUACUUUUCUGAGACAAAUCGAGAAUGCGAAUCCGGAGUAUACUGUCAGUUCAAAUAGUUUACCGGCGACCGAAGUUAACAAUGAGAAUACACCUGGAAGCAGAUAUAAGUUAAAGGAAAAAUUAUUGAAAGCCACCAGAGUUGACAGAGUUCAAUCGGAAUUUGAAAUGGUUCGAAGCCGGUUCGUGAGUUACUUGGAGGAGACGUUAAGCAAGGGGCUGCAGCCUCCUCACAUGCAGACGUUUCACGAGAUCUUGUGCUUCAAGGACGUGGCUAACGUCAAAAAGCACAUCGUGGGCUCCCCGCGCGGAGCCGUGCACACCGCGCUGAGUAAUCCCGUACACUACUUACAGUGUUCCUGCUGCCAGUUACCAUCAUCGGACAGCGUAAUAGACACCUUACCCGACGUCUGCUUAGCGUACAAGCUACACCGUGAAUGUGGCAAACAUAUUAAUCUUUACGACUGGUUACAAGCCUUCGCUGCCGUUAUUUGUCCUGAUGAAGAUGAUGAACACCGACAUCAAGAUCCUAAUAUACAACUGAGAUUCACGCGUGCAGUGGCUGAACUACAAUUCCUAGGCUUCAUUAAAUCUUCGAAGAGGAAGACCGAUCAUGUAAUGCGAUUGACUUGGUGA